CCUUUUCUCAUGUGUUUUCUCAACAAGUCUCAGGUCACAGUCGCCGCCAUUAGCAUUUAGUUGUACUACCUUUUCUUGCCCCUAUUAUCCUAGGCAACAAAACCUAUAUAGAGUAGUAUAUAAAAUCGUAUCAUAAUAUUAUAACAUAAAAAAUAGUUAAUCCAUUUUCACUAUAUAUGCAUAUCACCACCCCAAAGAAAUAGAACCCCAUUGCUUUUCUUGGUUUUCACCAUUUUCUUUCCCUUCUCCGUGAAGUCUUGAAAUUCGAACCAGUUUUUGGUUUCAGAAACUGAUGCACAGGGGUAUACCAUAAGUUUGAAGUGCAACUUAUUUUGGUUUGAGGAACUGACAAGCACAGGGUAACUAAAAGGCUUCAUCAAUGGCAGAGAAAGACCCUGACUUUUUGUCCCACAAACUGCCUACUCCUUCCCAGGUGGUGGAGGAAUUAAAGGAGCUAUGGGGAAUGGCUUUGCCAAUAACAGCAAUGAAUUGUUUGGUGUAUGUUAGAGCAGUGGUGUCUGUUCUAUUCUUGGGCAGGCUUGGAAGUUUACAACUUGCUGGUGGGGCACUUUCCAUUGGUUUCACAAACAUAACUGGCUACUCUGUUCUUGUUGGUCUUGCUUCAGGUCUUGAGCCAGUUUGUAGCCAAGCUUAUGGCAGCAAAAACUGGGACUUGCUCUCACUUUCCCUUCAACGUAUGAUCUGCAUACUUUUGUUGGCCAUCAUUCCCAUAAGUCUUCUGUGGAUAAACCUUGAGUCCAUCAUGCUUUUCAUGUGUCAAGACAAGGAAAUAACAUCAGUGGCUGCAACUUACUGUAUAUACUCACUCCCUGAUCUUGCAACAAACACUUUGUUGCAGCCCCUUAGGGUGUACCUGAGGUCACAGGGGGUGACUAAGCCACAAAUGUGGUGCACUUUUAUUGCAGUGCUGUUUCAUGUGCCUUUGAAUUAUUUUCUGGUGGUGGUGAUGGGGUUAGGGGUACCAGGAGUUGCUAUGGCUUCAGUGCUGACUAAUCUGCAUAUGAUGGUGUUGAUGAUGGGGUAUGUGUAUGUAUAUGGGAAGUGGGAGUGGAGAUGGACGGCUGGGAUUGGAGGGAUAUGUGGUGGGUUGGGGCCACUGCUGAAGUUGGCAGUUCCUAGUUGUAUAGGGAUAUGUUUGGAGUGGUGGUGGUAUGAGAUUGUGACUGUACUUGCUGGAUAUUUGCCUAAUCCAAGACUUGCUGUUGCUGCAACUGGGAUUAUGAUACAGACCACUAGCCUUAUGUACACUGUUCCCAUGGCCUUAGCUGGCUGUGUAUCUGCCAGGGUAGGGAAUGAGUUAGGAGCUGGGAAACCAUACAAAGCCAAGUUAGCUGCAACAGUUGCAUUAGCUUGUGCAUUUGUGAUUGGAUUCAUCAAUGUUAUAUGGACAGUGAUCUUCAGGGACAAAUGGGGAGCCUUAUUUACAAAAGAUGAGAUGCUUAGAGCACUUGUUGCAUCAGUCCUGCCAUUAAUAGGGAUGUGCGAGCUUGGAAACUGUCCACAAACCACCGGUUGCGGGAUACUCCGUGGAACGGCUAGACCGGCCAUAGGCGCCCGGAUCAACCUCGGCUCGUUUUACUUCGUGGGCACCCCGGUUGCCGUAGGGUUAGCCUUUUGGCUAAAAGUUGGGUUUAGUGGCCUAUGGUAUGGUCUCUUGUCAGCUCAAGCAGCCUGUGCUAUCUCUAUACUUUAUGUUGUGCAUUGCUGCACAGAUUGGGAAGGUGAGGCAUUGAAAGCCAAGAGGCUAACCAACUUGGAAAUGAUGGGGCAUAGAGAUGACACAAGUGAUGAUGAAGAACAAAAUGUCCUUUUGGUUAAUGAGAAAGACAAGUUUGAUGAUGUUCUAUAAAAAGGAAAAGUAAGAAAACAAAGUUAGUAAAUGAGUUUGGAAUUAUGUAGGGACUGAAGUUUUUUAUUUUUAAGAGGGACUAUCUUUUUGUCGUUUAGUUGCUUUUCUCAAGGCAUGGGUUUGUGAAAAAAAGGCAAAGGGAAUAUCAUGGUGUCCCAUACAAAAAUGUUCCAUUAUUUCAGGCUCUAUACAAAAAACAUUUUGCUUUUA